AUGAGAGGCAUCUGGGCCCUCCCAGCCGUGCUGCGCAUUGCGCUCGCGAGCCAACAUUCGUUUAGUGUCUUUGAUGACUUGUUCGCUUUCCCACAGUAUGAAGUGCUGUGGCCAGAUACUUUCGUCACAGAACACGAGGCGACGUCUCUCCUCACACAUGGAUCACCCACGUCGAGCUCGGUGGCACCGGGAACGCAGGAAACGCAAGAACUCACGAAGCGCGAUCAGGCGACUGCAGAAACGACGCCCGCAGACGAGGAGCUACAACAGACAUACGAAGCGGUCGUGCUGCACGGGCAGCGAUACCUAUGUAGCAUCCCUAUAAUACCCGAAAAAGUCCCACAGAACGACACAACAUCCGCCGAAGAAGCCAAGGCAGAGCAGGAAAAGGAGCUUAUGCGCGCAACAGACCGCGGGUGGGAGUUGCUCGAAGGCAUGCGCGGCAACUGCAUAUACUACCUGAGCGGAUGGUGGAGUUACAGCUUCUGCUACAAGGACCAGGUCAAGCAAUUCCACCAGUUGUCACCGGGCCGUGGAGUUCCGAUAUACCCACCAGUGGAAGACGAAAGCGUACACAGCUUUGUGUUGGGAAGAUUCCCCAAAGAAAAGAGCAAGAAGGCGAGCACUCGUAAGACGCUUGGAAACGAGCAAGGCAGCAAGGAAGCUUUCGACGAUGAGGACGACGUACAAGAUGACGAACCAAAGGGCCUGGAGCUUCCAAGACUGGAGUCGAAAGGGUCGAGUAGAUACAUGGUCCAGCGAUUGUCCGAUGGCACCGAAUGUGAUCUGACGGGCAAGCCACGUAAGAUUGACAUCCAAUUUCACUGCAACCCGCAGUCCGCUGAUCGCAUAUCCAUGGUCAAGGAGACGAGUACAUGCUCUUAUCUCAUGAUUGUUGACACACCCCGACUAUGCCACGACGUCGCAUUUACGCCCCCGCAAGAGAACCUAGCUCAUCCUAUGAUCUGCAAGCCCGUCAUAGCAGAGUCAGAAGUGAAAAGCUGGACUGCCGCUCAGGAAGUCGCCAAGUUAGCCACAGCUGAGCAACUUUUAGCCGCCCAGAAUGUCGCUGAUGAUGCCAAUACGAACCCCAUCCGCGACGUUACCGACGGACUCGAGGGCUCAACUAGACGCGGGGCCAUCAUUGGUGGUAUCGAAGUCGGAGCGAAGGAGCUUGUUGGUGGUGAGGGCAGGGUCAUCGAAAAGUCAGUCGUUGUCGGUGGCGGCAAGGAAACCUUCAUCGCCGUUGUCGCAAGCAGCGAAGGCAAGCAAAUGACCAAAGAAGAAAUGAAGAAAUAUGAUAUUUCCAACUCGAAGGAUGUAGAGACAUUCAAAAACAACCUGAAGAAGCUGGCGGGCAAGAAGGGUUGGAAGCUGGUGCUUGUAGAUACACAUGCAGGCAGGGAACUGAGGGGUAUGAUUGACACGGAUGAAGAGGACGCUCAGAAGAAGAAAAAGAAAAAGAAAGAGGCCAAGGGUGAGGACAGCGCUGGGGCAGGUAAAGAGAAGAAAGUAAAGAAAGAACCUAAGGAGGAGGAGGAUGAGGUUUAUGAGGGAAGUGAAGAGGUAUACAAGGACGAGCUGUAG